GUAAGUGCGUUGCGCAAGUACUGAAGAUGCGCUCUGAGCUCUCUUGUUACGCGUCUCUCCUCAAGAACAUUUAAGGAUUAUUUUGCUUUUUUCUGUGUUAAAUGGACACAUGUGUUUGGUCUUUUUGAGGAACACUCGUUCUACAGAUGUGUUUCAACAUUUCGCGGAGAGAAGUGGGACAUGAUCACAUUGCCUUCGGGGUCUGCUUUAUUUAAUCUAGUGUGGGAGAAGAACCGAACUCUUAAAACCGUCCAGCACUCACUGCCUCCCGCACACCCGAAGCGCCAGACGAACCGGUUACCCGUUAAAGUGUUGAAAAUGCUCACUGCGCGCACCGGACACAUUCUGCACCCGGACUAUCUGCAGCCUUUACCGUCCAUUCACAUCGGACCAAUCGAGUUGGAUGCCAAGAAGAGUCCGCUCGCCCUUCUCGCGCAAACAUGUUCUCAGAUCGGGAAAUCUGAUUCCCCGUCAUCUGCCAAACUCUCCUCGGUCACGUCGGACAAGGACUCGAAAUCCAGCCCACUGAAGAUCAGUGACAUCGGGGUCGAGGACAAAUCUUGUUUCAAGCCAUAUUCUAAAUCAUCUGAGAGGAAAGAUUCGGGUGGAGAUAAGUCGGGUUUCCGAGUUCCGAGUGCCACCUGCCGGCCUAACACGCCACGGACGGUCAGUCCAAGUUCGUGCAGUUCUGCGUCUCCGCAGCCCGGACGCACGGAAUCUGGCGAUAAAACGAGCAAAAGGGAAAACGAUACAAAUAAAUGCUCAACGCCGGAUAAUUCUGCCCCCACCAACCCAAGUAGAACUGAGAGCAACGGCGACACAAACAAACCACAGGACACUUCAAAGCCCUCCCCAUCUGACACGGCGUCAUCUGCGCUCGGAUCAGGGCUCGUGGCGCCGGUAUCCCCCUACAGACCCGGUCACACCGUAUAUCCCAUGUCCCCUGCAGGACUACACUACCCUGGAACGCUAACAGGGCACUACGCCAGCUACCCCCAGCACUUUCUGCACCAUGGGGUGACUCUGGACCCGAGUAAGGCCAGCAGCAGUCAGUUGAUUAAUGCUCAGCUGUCCGGUCCCGCUGGCCCUCUCAGCAGUAAGGCGGGGUCGAGUCCCCUAGCCGGAGCCUCCCCGCCAUCCAUCAUGUCCACCAGCCUGUGCAGAGACCCGUUCUGCAUGAGCUACCACUGCGCCAGCCAUAUAUCAUCUAAUAGCUCGCACGACACGGCCCUGAAGUCUGGAUACCCCAUCAUGUACCCGACCCACCCCCUGCACCCUCUGUCGGCCUCCGCGCCCUCAUUUACCGGACACCCUUUGUACCCGUACGGCUUCAUGAUCCAACACGAGUCCCAGUCGCACAUUUGUAACUGGGUAUCCGCGAACGGACCCUGUGACAAGCGCUUCUCGUCUUCAGAGGAACUUUUGGCCCAUUUGCGGACGCACACCGCGUUCAUGGGCGCGGAAAAGCUCAUGUCAGGAUAUCCGAACUCGUUAACUGCUGCAGCGAUGGCCUGCCAUUUACCCCCCAACGGAGCCCCGCUGGCUCUCAGGAGUCCGCAUCACGCGUUCGGGUUGGGCACACGGUAUCACCCGUAUUCCAAAAGCCCACUACAGACGCACGGAGCGCCGGUGCCGAUGCCCGCAGCCGCGGGUCAGUUUUACUCUCCAUAUGCGCUGUACGGACAGAGACUGACCACAGCACCCGGACUCGGAUAUCAGUGAGAAAUAAGCAUACGGUGUUUGUGUGUGUGAGUGUGUGUUCAUCUCAGGACUUAAUGGGCCGUUAUUUAUUAAAGUUAGCUUUAAGGCGAGAGAAAUAAAAACAACAUAUUUCAA